AUGCCCGUGAGGAUCGUAACCUACAGCUCUUCAAUAGAUCUGCCCCCUACUAUGUUCAUCAGAGGCACACUGCUCCAGAAUACACAGAUGAAGCUUUCAUACACACACAUUCACUUUACAGGCGCUGUAAAGCCCAUUCCUGUCUGUGACAUACUUGCGGUUGAAGGCAACAUGGUAUCGAUAGAUGCCUUAGAAGAAAUGAAGAAAGUCUAUCACAAGACAAUCCUGUGGAGCAAGGAUGUGGUAAGUACUGCGAUAUGGUUCGUGGAAAACUUUGACGUGAGCCUAGACAAAAGCUACGUCGUAAUAAGUAAUAGCAACACAACCAUCGAAGAGAGAGAUAUCAGUGGACCUGUAUCAGAAGGAGCACUCCUGGACCCAAAGAUAGAAUAUAAAAAGAGCAUCGGAGAAGACUAUCUGGAUCGCAAGUUUAACAGUCUAGAAGAGAAAAAGGCCAUAGAAAGCAUAUUUAGUAGACUCCGCCUGGCAAAAAAUCAGUAG